AUGCCAUUCUUCCCUCAACCUCUGUCUUCUCACCAAAAAGCUUCCAUCAAAGAAAUAUCAGUAACCCUUCACGCCGACAUCAUUUGCCUCUGGCUUAAUUUCUUCUGCUUAUCUUCGGGACCCAUCAAAAUUCAGUACCAGCAAGAGGAAUCAAAUACGACUGUUCUGUGCAAAAAGAAGAAUUUUCAAGCAUUCUUGGAGGACACCGACUUCGUGACAGUACUUCGGGAGGAUUUGGCAGCUAUCUUGGAUGAAAGUGAGCCGGAACUCCAAGAGCUCCAUAUCGGAUUCCAGGAGUCAGAGGAGCAGAUUGACCGUGUUUAUACCAGCAUUCAAAAUGUCAUAAAAACCCGGAAAGACAAGUUAAAGGUCAAAAAUAUCAAUCUUGAAAUAAAGAAUGUUGAGCAACUGACGUCAGUUCUACAGUAUCUCGACUCUGAAACUUUGAAAACGGUGGAUUUGUCUUUGAAGGGUAUUGUGGAUUUGAGAAAUGUAUUGGAGUUGGAUGCAUGGAAGGAGAAGAAUGGAUUGGAGAUGAAUGUUGCUCUGCAUUCUUUUUCGGUGAUGGAUUUGGAGGCGUUGAAGGAGAUUCUCAUCCAGCAACCAACCUUCGACACCGUCACCAUUUACUACGACCAUCUACAACAAGACGCCCUUGAGAGCCUCCACCAUCAACCCCUCGGAGUCUCUCACUACCCGAACUCUCACAAAAUCUCAUUCUCCCGUGUUCAUCUCAUCUCACCACCAAAUAUUGUUCCCCAAAUGCCAUCAACAAGCGAUUCCGUUUCCGGAGUGUUUGGAAACUACGUUAUCAUGAGAAACGUUUUGAAGUAUGUUGGUGGUGUUGACAUCCAGUCACUCCGAAAAGUGUCCCGCACCAUCCGCAAUCGCGUAGACUUCAUUCGUGAGGACCCAGAAAUUCAAAAAAUGAAUAUAUCUCUCAAAGAACAUGGGAAGAUUCGGGUGGCUUACGAUGACUCCAAGCAGAUUAUUUAUGAAAAAUAUGGGUUCGGAUGUUCGAUUGGACAACAGUAUAUCCCACAGGAUUAUCGAUUGGUGUUCAUGAACGACUUUGAAAUAAUGCUCAGAAAUCAACAGGAUGUCAUUAAAACCGCUCGUCUCAAUUUUUCAAAAGAUCCUAGUUUCAUGGAGAUGUUUAAAGACCAUUUGAAAUCUAGGGACCAAUUAUUAAAAGUUGAAGCCUUAGAACUAGAAGUUUCCAGUCAAUAUGAAGUCCUCUCUGUCCUCCAAUUCAUCAAUCCACCAACUCUCAAAACUUUGAACAUUCAAGCCUCCGUAAGCUCCGGACUACAAAUCGGCAUUGACGAAGUGAUGAAAUUGGAGCAAUGGAACAAUCUAGAGAACUUGGUCAUCAAUUCGCUAAUAAUUUCUACUCCGCUACCAGAAAUUUCGUUUGGGAACUUGGUGAAUGUGGAGAUUCUGGUGGAAUGCAUUUCGAUGGAUGACUUGUUUUAUUUAAAAGAGAAUAUUCUAAACUCAACCCGUUUGAACAAGUUCAAAAUUCGCUUCAAUUUCUUCUCCGACAGCAACAACCAAAAUGAACAAUGGCCGGAUUUCGAUCAAGAUGAGACCGGCACAUGGGCAUUCCGCAUUCCGAAUAUGAACCAAUAUCUUUCUGUUUUAUACCUCCCAUUUCAGUCCGUGACAUUCUGCCGCACUGAAAUGCCUCCUGAAAUGGGAAUCAUGGAAAUUGAGGGUUAG